UUGUAACUUGUUUUUGAAAAGUGCUCUACAAAUAAGGAUUAUUAUUAUUAUUAAUUUUGCUUGGUGGCGGCGCCCCGUGUGCUUACUGGUCAGAUGCUGUCGUGCUGUUGCGGUAGGUGACAUAAGUUUCAUUUUACGGUGUAAUAUUAGAGUUGUUGUUUUCUUUUAGCUUGAAAUAAUUCCAUGCUUUGGACAAUUUCUUCUUUGUCCCUCACCAUUUUCUGACUCUUCCUCCACUUUGAAAACAGCCCCAUCAUAAUCAUGACGUAACAAAUGUUCAAUUAAUGUUUGGUGUUAUUCACUUGAAUCUAUACACAAAAUAGCUUUUCUUAAUUUACACAUGCAUAUUUGUUGACAAAGAAUUUAUCAUAAUUGUUUUGAAUGUUCUGAAUGUUGUUUUGAUUUGUGAAGUGAUUCACUGUUUGGCAUCAAGUGUUGACCAUAAAGAUGAGUUUAAACCACAACUAACCAUCAGGUUUCUUCAACUUUCACUCAGGUGCAAAAAUCAACUCAAAAGAAAUAACGAUUUGGUUCUUAAUGUCAUAAUUAACGAUAUCAAAGGCUAUGAAACGUUUUAUCGUGAUCUUUGCCAUCACAGUAGUAACGUUAGCCUGUUCUUUUUUGUUCUCUGUCCCUCCAGAGCUCCCACAGCAACAUGUCUGUAAGGAGGAGGAGGUUCUGGCUGGUCUGGACCAGGAGGACCCACAGCCUCCACAGGUUAAAGAGGAACAGGAGGAACUCUGGACCAGUCAGGAGGGAGAGCAGCUUGUAGUGAAGCAGGAGACUGACACCUUUAUGUUGAGUCCUACUCAUGAGGAAAGUGACCACCAGCUCCUCUCUCACAACUGUCAUGUAGCUGAGAGCCAAGAUCAGAAAGGAGGCGAGCAUGAAGACUCAGGAUCAACUAGAGAUGCAGAUCCAAAACAAAAGAAUCAAGAUCACAACAGGAGAAGCCCCAGAAACAAUGUACACAAGUCUACCAUGUCAGAGAUUCACCAUGAUCCUCACACAGGUAAAAAGUCUUUCACAUGUGACACAUGUGGAAAAGGUUUCCAGUACAAGUCAGAAUUACAGAAACACCUGAGAACCCACACAGGUGAGAAGCCGUACCUUUGCAAUACGUGUGGGAAAAGAUUCCAUGAAACUUCAGCAUUUAAAACACAUUUGAGAACCCACACAGGUGAGAAGCCAUUUUCUUGUGAAACAUGUGGGAAAUCAUUUAGCCAGAGGGUUCACUUAAAAGUGCACACGAGAACCCACACAGGUGAGACACCGUAUUCUUGCAACACAUGUGGGAAAUCUUUUAGUCGGAACGAAGGCUUGAAAUUCCACAUGAGAAUCCACACAGGUGAGAAGCCGUAUUCUUGCAAAACAUGUGGGAAAGACUUUAUAACCAGCAAUCAAUUGCAAAUCCAUACAAGAAUCCACACAGGUGAGAAGCCGUAUUCUUGUGAAAUAUGUGGGAAAUCUUUUAGCCAGAGGUGUUACUUAAAACCACACAUGAGAACCCACACAGGUGAGAAGCCGUACCUUUGCAAGACCUGCGGGAAAAGAUUCAGAGAAAAUGCAGCAUUUAAACAACAUACGAGAAUCCACACAGGGGAGAAGCCGUAUUCUUGUGAAAUAUGUGGGAAUUCUUUUAUCCAGAGGAGUUACUUAAAACUACACAUGAGAAUCCACACAGGUGAGAAGCCGUAUUCUUGUGAAAUAUGUAAGAAUUCUUUUAGCUGGAGGAGUUACUUAAAACUACACAUGAGAAUCCACACAGGUGAGAAGCCGUAGCUAUGUGA